AGUCACCUCGCCUCCUUGUCGGACCACACUGCGGACAGCCCCGGGGUUACUCACCGUCAAGUCGUUCCGUCUCAGAAAAAAAUAAACAUAAAAUGGUGAAGAUUAGCACCGUCAAGACCAAGCCGUACACGGACCAGAAGCCCGGGACGAGCGGUCUGAGGAAGCGGGUGACGGUGUUCCAGCAGAACCAGCACUAUGCGGAGAACUUCAUCCAGAGCAUUAUCUCUGUCAUCGAGCCCGCGGAGCGCCAGACGGCCACCCUGGUGGUGGGGGGAGACGGGAGGUUYUUCAUGAAGGACGCCAUUCAGCUGAUCGUUCAGAUCGCUGCAGCCAACGGGAUUAGUCAUCUUGUGAUUGGUCAGAAUGGAAUCAUGUCCACUCCAGCCGUUUCCUGUGUGAUCCGUAAGUUAAAGGCAGUGGGUGGUAUCAUCCUCACAGCCAGCCACAACCCCGGCGGUCCCAAUGGAGACUUUGGCAUCAAGUAUAAUAUUUCCAGCGGGGGUCCUGCUCCUGAAGGCAUCACGAACAAAAUAUUUGAGAUCAGCAAAGGCCUGCAGGAGUAUCACAUCUGUCCGGAGCUCAAAGUGGAUCUGUCCAAGAUCAGCAAGCAUACCUUCGAAGUGGACACGUUCAAGCCUUUUACAGUGGAGAUCGUCGACUCGGUGGAAGCCUACGCCGAGAUGCUGAGGGGCAUUUUUGACUUYGCUGCACUGAAGGACCUCCUCUCCGGAGCCAAUCAUAUUAACGUUCAACUGGACGCAAUGCACGGAGUGGUUGGUCCUUACAUCCAGAAGAUCGUAUGUGAAGAGCUGGGAUCUCCUGCCAACUCGGCUGUCAACUGUAUCCCUCAGGAGGACUUUGGUGGUCAUCACCCUGACCCCAACCUGACCUACGCCGCCGAUCUGGUCAGCAACAUGAAAAGCGGAGAGUACGACUUCGGAGCUGCCUUCGACGGCGAUGGUGACCGUAACAUGAUACUUGGUAAACACGGCUUCUUUGUGAACCCGUCCGAUUCCGUGGCUGUCCUUGGCGCCAACAUCACUUCCAUCCCGUACUUCCAACAGACCGGUGUGAAAGGACUGGCUCGCAGCAUGCCCACCAGUGGAGCUCUGGACAAUGUGGCCAAAGCUCUGAAGAUGCAGCUGUACGAGACUCCGACCGGCUGGAAGUUCUUUGGGAAUUUGAUGGACGCUGGUAAACUCUCACUGUGUGGAGAGGAGAGCUUCGGCACGGGCUCAGACCAUAUCCGUGAGAAGGACGGRCUCUGGGCCGUUCUCGCGUGGUUAUCAAUCUUAGCCACCAGGAAACAAAGCGUGGAGGAGAUCAUGAAGGAUCACUGGCAGAAGUUUGGCAGGAACUUUUUCACCAGAUACGACUAUGAGGAGGUUGAYUCAGAUGCUGCUAACAAGAUGAUGAAGGAUCUAGAGGCGCAAAUGUCUGAGCCAUCCUUUAUUGGAAAGCAGUUCUCCUCAGGCGAUAAGACUUACGUGGUGGCCGUUGCAGAUAACUUUGCCUAUACGGACCCUGUGGAUGGCAGCGUGUCUAAAAACCAGGGCCUCCGGAUCAUCUUUUCCGACGGUUCCAGGAUAAUUUUCCGUCUCAGCGGGACAGGCAGCGCRGGAGCAACCGUCCGGCUCUACAUAGACAGCUAUGAGAACGACCCCCAGAAAAUCUACCAGGAUCCACAGGUGAUGUUGGCUCCUCUGGUGGACAUCUCCCUCAAAGUCUCUCAGCUCCAGGAAAGAACGGGACGCUCCGGCCCCACCGUCAUCACAUGAUUCAGCAACGACGACGCCUCUGCUCUCCUGGAGGAAGGAGGGGGAGGGGGUGAAGCUGCCCCUGUCUUAGCUAGGUUUAGAUUAGGUGUAAAAAAAGGGAAGCUCAACGUGCGGGUUAGAUACGAGAGACUACACGAGCUGCGUUAUUCACUGCCUUCCUUUUGUGAUAAAUCACAGUGAGCUGUUUAAUGUGUCCACGGGGGGGAUAACUCUCGACAGACACCUUUUUUAAACCUGCCUGUUUAAAAAGACACUGUCACAGGGUUAAAAGUGCAGAAAGGUUUCAAAAAGUUGAUUUCAUAACAUUAAAAUAAUGCUCUCGUUUGUGAUUUAAGAAGAACUAAAGUGCACUUUUCUGCAAACGUUUAAUUCAGGUUGUUAAAGAGAGCGUUUUGGGCAGCCUUACCUCUUUCCCUCCACUUCACCCCCCACCCCCUCCCCCGUGAUGUUGUUGGACUUUUCCCAUCUCUGUGUUCAUCCAACCACCAACAUAGCCUCUCCACCUGAGCCGCAGCUGUAAUGUUGAGAAUUUAAUGAAGCAACUAUGAAUAAAAGUCUUCUGUAAAAGGA